ACAGAGAGAUCUUUUGUUUCGAGCAGAGUGUUUGGUUGUAUAGUGCAGAGUCUGUGUUUGUUAGGACUCUGAGUAUUGCUUGAUGUGGAUUGUUUGUAUUUGAGGAACUUUGUUAUAUUUGACCCAUUUUCCUGUUUUUGACGCUGAGUUUGGAUUGCCCUUUCAAUUUUGUUUGCCUGGUUGUAUAUAUUGUAAAUACCGUUUAUUUGGGAAAGUAGGGAGUCUGACGCCAUUUUGUUUAUUGUAAACUGUUUGAUCUUUGUUAUUUGGUUAGGGAGUUAGGUUUGUAUAUUGUAUUUUUCUUUUCUUUUCUUUUCUUUUCUUUUCUUUUCUUUUCUUUUCUUUUCUUUUCUUUUCUUUUGGGUUAGGGUUUAGGAAAGAGGUUUUAAAACAAGGAAGUUUUGUUUAUUUGGUCCCAGUCAGCUCCUGAAUCACAAUUCCCAAAUUUAAAGUCAAUAAAUUUAUCAUUGUUCAAUUUCACUACAUUUCUACAAGUCUUUCAUGUUGUCUUUCUACAAGUCUUUCUACAAGUCUUUCAUGUUGCACCCUUUCCCCUAGACAGGGCGUAACACAAGGACUAGACAAGGACUUAACAAGGGAACAUUGGAAGAGUAAUCAGACAACAGGCCAUAUAAAUAUGAAUCAACUUAUCAGAGGCUACAUGUACACCUUUGACAGCAACAACAGAACCAUGUUCUCGAUCAGUGUCCUUCUGCUUACUUUGGUGUUUCUAAACUCCAGAUUGCUGAUAUCUGCAGAGACUGUAGUUACGUGUGAUGGGUUUGUCCAGCUUCUCAGUUGUGACUCUGGUGUGAUCAGUGUACAAUCAGCAACAUUUGGUCGUACAAGCAGCGAGAUUUGCAGCGUUGGACGGCCACAAGGACAAACCUCUAAUACUCAGUGUUCAAUGGAUGUUCCUGCCAUCUCUAAACUGUGUGAUGGACUGAGAGAGUGUGAGUUAAACACUCAAGGACUUGCAGCACAAGAUCCAUGCUAUGGAACCUACAAGUACUACACUACCAACUACAUUUGCGUCCAAGCAGAAACAAGUGUGACUUGUCAUGGUGGAUACAAUUACUUGAAAUGUGAAAAUGGUAAGAUUCAGAUAAAUACUGCAAACUAUGGACGUACAGAUAAAAUCACCUGCUCGGCAGGACGUCCAUCCAGUGAGCUCCAAAACACCAACUGCUAUUCUCCCAAUGCACUGGCUUCUUUGUCAAAAAGCUGUAAUGGCCUGGAAAGUUGUGAGGUUUUUGCGACAGCCACAGUCUUUACUGAUCCCUGCUUUGGCAUAUACAAGUACCUUGCAAUCUCCUAUUUUUGCCUCCCACCUGGAAUUCGUUCAAGUAUGGUCUGUGAACAUGAGGAAAUUGACCUGAACUGUGAGGAUGGAACUGUCAUACACAUUCACAGCGCUAACUAUGGGCGAACUGAUAGCAGCACGUGUUCUACUGGACGGCCUGCUUCUCAGCUUGACAAAACUGACUGCUAUGCCUUAAAUUCACAGACAAUAGUCACUAAUGGAUGUGAAGGGAAAAACAGAUGCUCCAUAUUAGCCUCCAACAGUGUCUUCUCGGAUCCAUGUUUAGGCACAUUCAAAUACCUGUACAUCUCAUACUCCUGCGUAUCUAAGUAAUACGGUUGCUGAUCUUGUGUAUUUGGGCUCUUCAGUUUUCUGUCAACAUCUCUUUUACUUUUGCUGCACUGAAACUAAAUCAAUUUCUUUCUUAAAGUAUCUGUAAUAUUAUGCCAUCUUGGGAAAUAAAAUGUGAGUUUUUUUUUUUUUUUUUUUUCUGAUGUAAAGACACGGCAGAAAUAGUAACAGAAGAAUACUAUGCUAUUCUGAAUUCAGCCUUUGUGUCCGAGUUAAACUAGUGGCUGAUACUUUUGAGUAAGUUUUUUCAGACGAUUAAUAUUUCUGUGGUCCUUGGUAUACACUAUGUUGUGAUUUGUAUAUUUUCUUACAAUAAAUGCUUUGAAAAUGAGAA